ACAUAAUUUCAGAAUGGAUCCAGAGGGACACGUUGAAAUUUCUGGUACGGUGGAUCCCGAUUUACUCUUAAAAAUGCUUGGAAAAUCAGGGAAAAAAGCACAAUUAUGUUGGUUUCAGUUUGGAGAGUGUUCAAGCAAUUUAUUUAUGUCGAAUCGGACAGCCAAUGUAGCGCCUGGAAGCUAUGGACGAUAUAUCCAGAACGGGAAUCCUCCUCGACCCAAGUUGCCAUCAAAUGAAGAUCACAACCAGAAACAUGUUGAUCCCAACACUCUUGAUCGGAUGCACAAUUUUGAGCAUGCUCAUGAGCAUUUGCAUGAUCACAAGCCACCGUGGCUUGCUCCGAGAACGAAAGCGAACACUUUGGGACCUGGCCGACUUCCGCCUCGUGCGCCACCCGACACUCGUGAUCAUUUGCUGAAUUUUGAGCAGGCUCAUAAGCACUUGCAUGAUAACAAGCCAUCACCUGCUUCGAGAAUGAAUGAGCACACUUCAGGGCCCAUUUGGCUUCCGCCUCGUGCACCAACCAACACUAGUGAUCAUAUGCUGACCUUUGAGCAGGCUCAUAAGCACUUGCAACAUCAAAAGCCGCCGCCUGCUUCGAGAACUAAUGCUACUUCGAAACCUGGCCGGCUUUCGGCGGCUCAUGCGCCACCCCUUAUCAGUGAAGGCAUCAGCUGCUGCAACUUGAUGUGAGGUUCAACACCUUGUUGCAUCACCACAAUGUUGUUGAGUACUUGAGGGUAUAGGUCCUAGCAUUUGGUUCUAUUAGUUUGUGAACUUUUUAAUUUGUUUUAUUUUGUACUUGUGAAUGGAUAAUAACUAUUUC